AUGUCUGCUACUGCUACUGCUGCUGCUGGUACAAGUGAUUCGAGCGCGCGAGAAUCACCACCUGGGCCAGCGGCGGCGAAUCGGGGCCAUGCGAGGAAGAAGAAGAUCAGCAGGAAGAACAGCGAGUACCGGGGCGUGAGGCGGCGUCCCUGGGGGAGAUUCGCGGCGGAGAUUCGCGAUCCAAACACGAAGGAGCGGCGGUGGCUGGGGACGUUUGAUACCGCCGAGGAGGCGGCGCUUGCCUACGAUGUGGCCGCUAGGGCAAUGCGAGGGAUUCGCGCGCGCACCAAUUUCGUCUUUGAUCAAUCUGAUCCAGCAGCCCGGCGGCGCCAAGAGCCCCAAGCAGGUGGAGAUCGAGCAAGUCCUGGAGAAAUGCCGCAUCUAUCAGCUCCAGAUCCAGAGCAAGAACAUCCAGCACGAUCAAUCGAGGGAGCGCGCAAUGGCUGGUCCGGACUUCCCCCUUGCCCGCGACGACGACAAUCUCCUCCAGAUCCUCCAGCAGCCAUCGCCUCAGCAGGAAUGGGAUCUCGGGGCGGCGAUUGGUUUCUCGACCCAGGAACACGAGAUGAUCGAUUACUAUGGCGAAUCGAGCUUCUACUAUUGUUUACUGAGGCGCUGGAAGAGCUACACCGGCUGUGUUUCUCUCCCUCUGGAUCAAGUCCCAUCUUCUGGAAAAUUCGCCGCUCUCUGUCUGAAGGUGACAAUAUUUCUUCUCUCACUCACGCUAUACACUUCGUCAAGGCGGAAGCACGGAGGCGUGAAGUGUUACAACAAUGCUCUUUGCAACUCCUGCGUCGGAGCUCGGCCAACAACAAUGUGCUUACGCUGCAUUUGUUUUUCAGCCCCUUUUCGGCUUGUCGUUUUACAAGUGGGAGCGGCAUCCUGAUGGCACGGUCACAAAGGUGGUGUGCCACACAAUCUACACUUUCAGGCGUCCCUACGAAGUGCGUGAGAUAA